GCUCCGGUCCAGCAACAAUGGCGCUUGCUGCCGGUGCAAGCAAUCUCACCGCCACGAAGACCUCUGUCCACCAUAUUUCUACAAAGCUCUAUCUAAAGCCGCAAAUUGUCUACGCUGUUCACUCGGCCGAACCGGCGAAGAAAUCCAACGGAGCUUCCGUUGAGAUCAAGACUGGGUCUUCAAAUUGGACUCUCGAUGGAUGGAAAUCCAAGAAGGCGCUUCAAAUUCCUUCUUACCCUAAUCAAGAGGAGCUCGAUUCCGUUCUGAAGACCCUCGAGAGAUUCCCUCCGUUGGUGUUUGCCGGAGAGGCCAGGAAGUUGGAGGAAAGGCUUGCAAAAGCGGCUCUCGGAGAGGCGUUUUUGCUCCAGGGAGGUGACUGUGCUGAGAGUUUCAAAGAAUUCAAUGCUAAUAACAUUAGGGAUACCUUCAGGAUUCUUUUGCAGAUGGGGGUCGUCUUGACUUACGGUGCUCAAAUUCCCGUCAUCAAGGUAGGAAGGAUGGCUGGCCAAUUUGCAAAACCUAGGUCUGAUCCGUUUGAGAUCAGGGAUGGAGUAAAGCUCCCCAGUUAUCAGGGAGACAAUAUCAACAGUGACACCUUUGAUGAGAAAUCUAGAAUUCCAGAUCCCCAAAGACUGAUUAGUGCCUAUACGCAAUCAGCAGCAACUUUAAACCUUCUCAGAGCAUUUGCCACUGGUGGAUAUGCAGCAAUGCAGAGAGUGAAACAGUGGAACCUUGAUUUCACUGAACAUAGUGAGCAGGGAGACAGGUACAAGGAAACUGCUCAGAGAAUAGACGAAUCUCUGGGAUUCAUGGUUGCUUCUGGACUGACCAUGGAACAUCCUAUAAUGACCACCACUGAAUUCUGGACAUCUCAUGAAUGCCUUCAUCUUCCCUACGAGCAAGCAUUGACACGUGAGGAUUCAACAACUGGCCUCUACUAUGACUGCUCUGCUCACUUCCUUUGGGUCGGCGAGAGGACCAGGCAGUUGGAUGGGGCCCAUGUUGAAUUUCUUCGGGGUGUAUCCAAUCCUCUUGGGAUUAAGGUGAGUGACAAGAUGGAUCCAAAGGAGCUUGUGAAAAUAUGUGAAAUUCUAAACCCUCAUAACAAGGCUGGAAGGCUGACUAUAAUCACACGGAUGGGCGCAGAGCCCAUGCGAGUAAAGCUCCCCCAUCUGAUCAAAGCUGUACGUCAAGCAGGGCUUAUUGUCACGUGGGUGAGUGAUCCCAUGCAUGGAAACACUAUCAAGGCUCCGUGUGGCCUCAAGACCCGUUCAUUUGAUGCAAUCAGGGCGGAGUUGAGGGCUUUCUUUGAUGUACAUGAACAAGAAGGGAGCCACCCUGGAGGAGUUCAUUUGGAAAUGACAGGUCAGAAUGUCACAGAGUGUAUUGGAGGAUCAAGGGUAGUGACAUAUGAUGAUUUGAGCUCCCGCUACCAUACACAUUGCGAUCCCAGACUUAAUGCAUCACAAUCACUGGAGCUAGCUUUUGCAAUUUCAGAGAGGUUGAGAAAGAAGAGGAUGAGGUCUGGUCAUACUUAUGUUUAGGGGCUAAUAUGAGGUAGUUAUGCUAUUUUAGGAUUUCUCUUUAAGU